CUACAACAAUAUCUUUCUACAUGCAUUUUAGUGAUUAUAUUCUAGCUUUUUUUGCAAUAAUAAUGCCGGUACCUUACACUGCUGCUCAUGGCUCCCGCCCAUCACCCUAUCUUAUAAAAGAGUUGGUAGAGCAAGACCAAGUUAAUCCAAAAGCGUCUUCAAAUACUGGAAGACGUGGAUCGCUCUUAGAUCGCAGAAGAAGAGGUAUUGUCAGUCGCCACACUGAUGAUGAACAAAAUGUAGCAAGCGAUGGAACUCCAUUAAACCAUGAUGGUCUCCCUUCAAAUGAAAUCAAAGGUCCUGGUUUUUAAGAAAAGACUUCCAGAUGCUAAUGCUAUUGAUGCCGAUAGCAGUAUCCUCUACCACAACCACAUAAAUGUUUUCUUCCCCGAAAAAGUAUUUAGCUUUAGCUUUAUUUUUAAAGGUGUCAGAAUAAAAUGUAUGGCAUUUCAAUCAAUUUCACAAUAGUCACAUAGGCUGGCUUGAUAAAUCUCUAUUUUAUCGUUAACAUUUGGCAUGAAUCUAUUUGACUCAAAGACAUCUGGUAAUUAUACGUUUGAAUAAAGCAAACAUAAU